GGCUAACAAACAUCGACCAUCUCGUUUCAGCUCCGAGCUUCCCGGUUUUCACGUUACUCACUGUAUGUGACCAAACUCCAGGCCGACCAAUGGUUGGUGUGCAGAAUUGAUGAUUGGCAGAAGCAUGUGUGCAGGAAGACACUUAUUGUGGAACUUUCUGGGUGUCAUAGAGAUACAGGUUGGUCGCGGACGGGGUCUCUUCGUCAAUCUUAGAAAGUAGCAUGUCAGCAGAGCGACUUGCAAGUUGACGUUCUGUUGUCUGCAGAAACUCGUGUUCUUGCCUAUCUGCAGCAUUUUGGAUGCCAGUGGGAAGAUGUGCUUUGCAAGUUAACAUCUGAUGGAAAGUCAAGCGCGGGACCAGGGUUUUUGUUAAUGCCGGAUAGGCACAUCAAGCUCGUCUUUCGUAAUUGCUUGGCAGGUUCUCCACCCCUUUUCAGCAAUCUCAGCAAAUCACUUGAUUGGAAAGCCGAUCAGUUAUUCUGUGAAGGGCUGGGCAGGGUUUGAGCACAGCUAGUUGUCUUUUAUUGCUUGAGAGACGAUUUUCAAGGGCUACUUCGAACAUUCAAAAGUGUAUGGUCUUCAUUUCUUUUCUUGAUGCUGACAAGCUCCUUUCAAAGUGGUUUGGGGCCAUUUCUCUCAGCGGCAGCCAUUGGAAAUCAGCCCUGGUGUCGUUUCAACAGAACUCUUUGCUGUGGCUCAAAUCGCAAUGCAAAACCUAACUAUCGUUUGAACACCAGCGUAUGCAUCUUUCAUGCACUCUGGGAAUCAAGCUGAGAUAGCAUGGAGGGUUGAUGCAAUUCUGUGGGACUCCCGCAAUCCCCCAUUAUGCAUUAACGCCCGCAAAUAGAUCCGUGGACGGAGAGGCUUAUUUGGGGCAGAAGGAGCAGCCGAGUGCACAAGCUGCUGCUCAGGAGCCUGCACCACUCUUCCCGCGGACGGUCAGGGCCUCUCCUAUUCCAAGUGCGGCUUCCUCUGCAACGCAGCCCGGUGGGGACUCCGGAAUGCAGCCUGGUGGGGACUCUGGAAUGCAGCCUGGGCCUUCAGCCCACAUGCCAAAGAAGCAGGCUCUACCCCCUUUCCUACCCCCGAUCAUCCCCCCGGACCACCCUCUCUGCAGGAGGCCUGCGAACGGAGAACCCUAUGCAGAGCCUGAAGAGCCACCCGAGCUGUACAAAGAUGGGGCAAGAUACGUCACGUAUGCCGACUUCCCCCCCAAGAAGCCAAGGGGCAAGUACUUCAAGGACAAGGAGGAUUACAAGGAGUAUGUGGACUCCUUUGUCGGAAGAGAGAUGAAUUUUCCCGAGGAGAUGCACCAGAGGGCAAGAGCUGAUGGAUGGAAGGACGCAGUGGAAGCCACCUGCCACACUCUGGCAUUUGGCUAGGGCAACAGAGCCGUCGAAAAUUGGUUCUGUGACUACGGGCAUGUUUGUCUAGUGAACUGAAGAUGUGCAACAGGACGUUUGAUGAUCUUUCUUCGGGGCUGGCUGAACUUUGGGAUAGGAUGGCAUGUCCUUAUGGUGUCUAUAGCGAAAGAUCUCAGGGGACCUCUGAUUCGUUAGGAGCUUUUGGGCGAGGUACAUAAUUGGUCCAUGCUGUCGCCAGGCUUAGCACCAGCUUUCAGAUUGCACGUGUGCUAUGGACGUUUUGCAAAUAGUGGUAUACGAUACAACCUGAUGUGUGCCUUUGUGCCUUUGUGCGUCACAAGUUACUGUUCAAUCAGUCGACUUGUUGCUGCAGCCGCUGGAGAAUAUUCAGGUGAUUGUUGAUCAGAUGAUCCGGGUUGCAAAAGGAUCAAAAAGCCUUAAGUAUCUAACUCGACAACCGUGUUGACGAGUUUUUCUUGGGGUUUGCUGCAACCCCAACGGACA